AGAGAGAGAGAGACGGUCUGGUAAAAGCGGGCCAAGGUGUCAAAGACGUCAAUCGUCGCAACGCAUUAGCGUCGCCGUCCGCCGAUCGCCACGAGUCCCCAUCCCCAUCCCCGCCCCCGCCCCCGUCCCCGUCUCCGUCGCGCGGCGCAGCUUCGUCACGAGACUCACCCGCUAACGAUCGCCGUUAACGUGGCGAACGCGUGAUCCCGGGAUCCCGUCGCAGUACGUUCCGGCGAUCGCGCACGGUUCAAGCUCGGUUCAAGUUUCUUCCCGAUCUUCCCGCGAUCAACAGGCGCGAGUGAAAUCCGUAUCGACAGGUGUGCCGGUGGUUCAAAGUUUCAAGAAGUUACUCGAUCUCGAGGAUCUUCUUCAUCUCUUGAUCGUAGGGCGUAGACGUGGGGACUCGAUCGAUCGAUCGAUCAUUCGAUCGCGCGUGCAUGAUUUCGAGAGGAUUAAAGUAACCGGGCGCGUAGUAGGGUAUAGAAAAAGGUGGGCUCUGGAGGCUUCCUCCGGGUCGGCGAACGUGUCCCCGUCCUUUCGAGGUUUUUACAAGCGGCUGGGGCCGGGGAAAAUGGACAUCGAGAUGGGCGGCAGGAUGAACAAGCCCAGCGAGGAGUUGGCGAAGAGGCGCGUAUCGAUCAGCGAUCAGGUCAUGGGACUCGAUAAUCCCGCGUUCGAGCAUCAUCGGCGCAUCAGCGCGAGCUCGGAGCACAAUUCCGAUCAGGGCAGGCGGAAGUCGAUCCUGCAUCACGGCGGCAGCCACUGCGGCAGCGUGGAGAACAUUCCGCAGUACAAGUUCGAUCUGGAGAACGGCAGGAUCAAUGGUAACCGAAAGAAAUCGGCGUACAGCCUGUCCAGCUCGAUCAGAGACAAGAUCGAAUAUUCCGAGGAGCUCGAGAGGUCGUGGCUAUAUCUAUUUUGCGCGCGAUGUCACGGUCGCGACGACACGCCGUCCUGGGAGCCGCCAGGAUGGAGGAGAGCGUGUCCACAGCCGUUCUGUCCGACGUACAGGAAAUUCGCUCGGAUUCUAUGCCUCUUUCUUCUGGGUCUGCUGCUCUGGGGUGUCGUCUACUCGGUGAUCGGCAAUGACGCCGCCCCGGGUGGUCCUCUCUUCGGAUUGGCCGCCCUGUGCAUCGCCGCGCACUUCGGGGGUUGGCUGAUCUCUUUGACCACUCUUCCGGCCUUGAUCGGUAUGCUGAUCACCGGUCUGAUAUUGCAGAAUGUCGGGCUCGUCAAGAUCGAAGGACAGUACACAGUUGUCGUCGCCAAUCUACGGUGAGUCUCCUUUAAGGGCGACGGAAGGUUCCCGAGGAAACCUUCUCCGAUAGUAAGUAAGUAGGAUUCUUGCUGAGCGUCCGAUUAUUUCAGGUUAGAACGAAAAAAAGUUUCCGGAUCAGUCAUGGCGAAAAUCGCCACUGACUGAUCUCUCUAAUUUAAUUUCGAGGAAGAAUUUUAAAUAAAAAUAUUUCUGUAAUAACGGUAAUUAACGAAGGGACACUGAUUUAUAAAAUUAAAUUAUUCAACUUUCUGCAGCAAAUAUGUUUGAAAAUUUAAUUUGGAUUCUAUUACAUUUGUGCGAAAUUAUUCCCUUUACCUUAAUUAAAGAAAUUAAUUAAUUGACUUUCGCUGUAAAAAGUCAUUUAUUCAGUUUUCAGUGGUUGAAAUAACGAAAUUUAGUUACGUAAAAUCGCCGUUCCUUUCCUCAUGAGAUAUAAAUCAGCCAAGAGAGUAAAAAAAUAUAGGAAAAUUUCUGGAAAGCUUCCCUUUUUAUCGAAAAAUAGAAAAGUCCAGUCCUGGCAAUUACUCUACGCUCUACGCGUAAUUUCCCGAUAGAAUCAAUCGCCACUUUGAAUCGCGCAUCGGAUUUUAUUUGGUGAACACACAGAAACAUAUAGGGAGGCAUUAGUUUAGCGCUCUCGACGGGCCAAUUUCUUAUGUAAACCCGAGGUUGAAAUGACGCUUAAAUCGCUUUUUCAUCGCGGACAAUCGUUAUCUCUAUACGUGAGUACGUGUUCGUUAUUGGAAAGUUAUUGGACGACGGCGAUGAGAAUGAUGACGACGAUUACUCGAAGGUCCCUCGAAAGUCCCGCCGAGGUAACAACGCGCGGCUCAUCGCACGAUCGCGAGGUGGCCGUAUUUUAAGGUCGAGGUCUAACGACGGUGAAUUGCCGACUGACACGCGCAGACGAUGGCUCUACGCACGGCAUAACAAGUGCGAGGCUUCAGCGAGGGCAAUCAAAUUCAAGUUGCAUCCUCGCCUAACGAGUGAACGCCUGACAAAAGCGUCGGUUAAGAUUCGCCGAGUUUCCCGCAAUCAG